AUGGAACAGCCUAUAUCUCCCCGGAAAAGCCUUCCUUCGCCAUUGAACGAAUCAUUCGGAAGCUCCCUCGAAAAACACCGAAAAAAUCACAACAACGGGUGGAAACAUUUCAAUUCCGAUUCCAAGCCUGAUUCCCACUCCAACUCCGAAUCGCUGUCCCUUGAGGAGAACGUAAUGAAAUUUGUCCAGUCUUUCUCCCUUGCGGUUACCCCCAGUUUCGUACAUCAUUUGGUCAGGCCACGUUCGAUCCAGUCGCAGAAGCUACAUACAAUUGCUGCUCUUGACGGCUUGCGAGGAUGGGCCUGUUUGCUGGUCUUCAAUUUCCACUUCCUCUUCACAUACACGCAUAAAACGGCGAUUGGAUGGGGGUUCGACGAAGAUAACUGGGGAAUCCAUCAGCUGCCCAUUAUCCACAUGCUGAUAUCGGGCCAUGUCAUGGUGACAAUAUUCUUCGUGAUUUCGGGCUAUGUGCUCUCCUAUAAGCCACUGAGGCUGCUCCGAACUCAUUCGUGGGAGAACGCUUUCCACACGCUCGCAUCUUCUACAUUCAGGCGUGUACUACGCCUUUAUAUCCCUUCUAUUGCGGGAAUUUUCUGCGUGCUUAUCGCUGUUCGCCUGGGCUUCUAUCACUAUGCGACCUGGGUUCGUGAUGAGGGCCAUACUAUCCUCGGUACCGACGAACAGCACCCCCCUUAUUUCAUAUCUUUCGUCGAACAGUUUAAGGACUGGUAUCUCACUGUAGCCCAUCUGCUAGAUCCCUGGAACUGGAACACUUAUUACAAUUUCUACAAUCCCCAUCUGUGGACCAUCCCGGUCGAAUUCCGAUGUUCAUUGUUUCUCUUCCUGACCAUCGUUUGCGUUUCUCGAUUCAGAGCCUGGAUUCGUUUAACGCUCGUGUCUUGCCUCAUCUGUUACUGUAUACGAUGGGGACGAUGGGACGUCGUGCUGUUUUUGUCGGGCAUGCUUAUGGCUGAGGUGGACUUAAUCCAUGGCAUCUGGGAAGACCCCCGUCCAACUCCGCUACCUUCCUCCCCUUCCAUCCCCCUCCUACACCUGCACAAACAUGAAUAUCCUCGUGGUAACGACAAUGUCAUCGACCACACCCGUUCCUCCAAUACCCACGACAUCGAAAAUACCCAAUAUCCUACCCCCACCAUGGGCAACUGUAGCCACCACCGACAGGGCUCCCACCGUCUCCUCUGGCUCAGCGUCUUUACCGUAGGCCUAUUCAUCGGCUCAUCCCCCAACAAUUCUCCCCAAUCAACACCCUUCUACCGCACCCUCGCUUCAACCCUAACCCCCAGCACUUACCCCGAAGGUCACCGCUUCCUCCAAUCCCUAGGUGCGGUAAUAAUCGUCUGCAGCAUAAAUCACUCGCCAGACCUUCAAAAGGUCUUCACGAAUGCGUUGGCACAGUACCUAGGCAGGAUAUCAUACGCAUUCUACAUCGUUCACGGGCCCAUCUUGCACUCGCUGGGCUAUUCGCUGAUGCCAAACAUAUGGGCGCUCACCGGCAAGGAGACGAAUGCGCAGUAUUGUUUCGGAUUUGCGAUUGGAUGGUUGAUUUGUUUGCCUGUGUCUAUCUGGGCGGCGGAUAUGUUUUGGCGAGGCGUAGAUGCGCCGACCGUUAGGUUUUCGAGGUGGGUGGAAAAGUGUUUUUUGGUAGCUGGUUUAUAG